AACUAAUCACGCGCAAACCCAAACGAGGAGAGAAAGCACCAGCAAACUGCUACUACUACUAGUAGUAACUGCAAGGGAGAAGAAGCCUCCUCGUCGUUAGGCUUCGAAUCCAUCCUCGCACCUCCUCCCCCCUUCCCUUCCACGCGCUCUCCCCUCCUCUCCAAGACCCCAACGCCAAAACCCCCCCAGAUUCCCCACGCGUGCACCUCCAAUCCGAUCAGCCUAGCCUCGCGCGGGGAUCGAUGGAGAAGUACGAGCUCCUCAAGGACAUCGGCUCCGGCAACUUCGGGGUGGCGCGGCUGAUGCGGAACAGGGAGACCAAGGAGCUCGUCGCCAUGAAGUACAUCCCACGGGGGCUCAAGAUUGACGAGAAUGUGGCGAGGGAGAUCAUAAACCACCGCUCGCUGCGGCACCCCAACAUAAUCCGGUUCAAGGAGGUUGUGCUCACGCCCACGCACCUCGCCAUCGUUAUGGAGUACGCCGCUGGCGGGGAGCUGUUCGACCGGAUCUGCAGCGCCGGGAGGUUCAGUGAGGACGAGGCGAGGUAUUUCUUCCAGCAGCUCAUUUGCGGUGUCAGCUACUGCCACUUCAUGCAAAUUUGUCACCGGGACUUGAAGCUGGAGAACACGUUGCUGGAUGGCAACCCGGCGCCCCGUCUAAAGAUCUGCGACUUUGGGUACUCCAAGUCAUCACUGCUGCACUCAAAGCCGAAGUCGACGGUUGGAACUCCGGCGUACAUUGCUCCGGAGGUGCUUUCUCGCCGGGAAUAUGACGGCAAGAUGGCAGACGUUUGGUCUUGUGGAGUGACCCUUUAUGUGAUGCUGGUUGGUGGGUACCCUUUUGAGGAUCCCAACGAUCCCAAGAAUUUCAGAAAGACGAUUGGAAGAAUAGUGUCGAUUCAAUACCAAAUACCAGAGUAUGUCCACAUAUCCCAAGAUUGCAGGCAGCUCCUCUCCAGGAUCUUUGUCGCGAAUCCUGCAAAGAGAAUAACGAUUAGGGAGAUUAGGAAUCACCCCUGGUUCCUGAAGAACUUGCCUAGAGAGCUUACAGAAGCUGUGCAAGCGAAGUACUACAAGAAGGACAACAGUGCCCCCACCUACUCUGAUCAGACCGUUGAAGAGAUCAUGAAGAUCGUCGAGGAAGCUCGCACACCACCUCAAUCAUCUACCCCCGUGGCUGGUUUCGGUUGGGCUGAGGAAGAAGAGCAAGACGAUGACAAGAAACCGGAUGAUGACGGACAGGAUGGGGAGGAUGAGGAAUAUUAUAGUGAGGACGAGUACGACAAGCAUGUGAAGCAAGUACAUGCCAGCGGCGAUUUCCGUCAUCUGAUAAAAUGAAAGCUGCUGCAAGGUCAAGUUUGCAGCUGAUGAGAUAAUGGCUGUGUUUUGUGUUUGUGGUAGCUGUGGUGUUGAGAUGUUGCACCCUCGGUUUUAAUUUGUAGUCCUGCUCUUGUGGUUGUUCCUUUUCCGUAUAUUGUGUCAUAACUUUGUAAAUUAUUAUCGAAUCCUCAAUGCCUAUGUAAUUGUUAUGAACUGUUAGUGAUUAAGAUAGUAAGGUGAAAUGUAAUUUAUGGUAUAAAACCUCUAUCUUGAUGGAAA